AUGGUGAUCGCCGUGAUCUUUCUCAAUCCUAAAUCGCCAAAGUCUCACUACGCGGCCCACUUGUCCUGUCUGUAAAUUCUUACUGACGUGUGUUUAAUUUCACCUGCAUCAGCUCUUCUACUACGGCGGGCCAGGUGCUACAGUCUCAGUGAGUGCACUUUCCUUUCUCCCGGCUCGAUCGAAGGCGAGCGUCGAGUUCCAGCUAGCGGCCGGAAACAGCUCUGGCCGUCCUUGGCCCGCGUUUGGAACGCGCGCCUUCAAUGAAAGCAACCGUCCGAUUGUGGCGCCCUGCUCAACAGCUUUCGGAACCGAUCUCUUUCCAAUUGAGCUGUUUCAAUGUCUUCGGUGCUUUUCUGCGUCCUCGCAUACCGUCCUCCCUCGCCGCCGCCUGCCCGCAACCCGCAGCACUCUGUCCUGGAGCCAGGAUUCUCACCACCAACGCUGUGUUCUUGUAUGCGGCCAAUCAGACCCUCACCACACUAGGUACGUGUAGCCGCUCUUUAUUUCGUAUUCUUGCCCGCCGCCUUGGGACUACACUGCGCUGGUUGCUGCCUUGUUUCGUUGAAGUACGCGGUUCGAAAAAAUUGGGCGCUGACCCUGUUCCUCGUUUGCGCGGGUCCCACAGGCAACCCCACGGGUGACACGCGAGCCACUUUGGUCGUUACCGGCGCCACGCAGACCUACGCUAUCUAUGCCUCGGGCUACAACUUUAUGAACGGUGUCUCGAUCCAACACAUACAAGUGGACGGUGCCCGACCCGCGCCCGGCAUCUACCCUGGCGGCGCGGCCUUGAUCGAGAUGGGUGGCAACAGUCGCGGACAGAUUAUCCACCACGUCCACGCUUUCGAGCCUAGGGCCUGGAGUGCCUUCCAUUCUCAAGAAGGUCUUUACUGGCCGCAAGAUGGCUACACCUUCUACUGCGAAGGGAUGCAAGUCCAUGACAACCAAUUCGGCCCGUCCGGGCACGCCCCGUCAGGAGCCUCGCAGUUCAAGCGCGACAAUAUGGGCACUUACGCCCCUGGGCAAUGGGCCGACGGCAUCUCGAUGGCGUGCGGUGUAUCGAACGUUUAUAACAACGUCAUCACCGAUGCGACUGACGGCGCUAUCGUCCUCUUCGGCGCGCAAGGCACUGUCGUGCAGAACAACCGCAUCAUCUCGGAUCAGCGCCAGCUGCUCGGAGGGAUCAACAUGGUCGACUACACUUCGCUGGGUAAUUUCUCCGGCGUCGUCGUGCGCAACAACGUCAUCAAGUCCAAAGUUUCGUUAAUCAAGGUCGGCAUCGCGAUGGGCACAAUGGUUUGGGGUACCGACAACCGCACCAUCGCUCGCACUUUCGGCGGCACGGUCCAGAACAACGUCUUCACCUCCGGUGCCUCGGGCUACUUUGGGUACGCCAUCGCCGUCGCCGGCCAUGCCAACGCCGUCGUCACGGGCAACGUCGCCAAGCUCGCUAACUUUGGCGGGGUCGAGUCGCCUCAAUGCUUUACGAGCUGGUUCCCGCUACCCAAGCCUCAAGGGUUCGUUGCCGACCCCUACACUGUCAAUAUAUUGCUGUUUCAUCCCACUGGUAUUCCCGAUUAUGAUUAGUUACUAGUUGUUGAUAUUAGUCGCCCCGCGCGUCUCGAGCCUGCCUCGCGCGCGCUCCCUUAGCGCUUAUCUUCUUUCUCCAACUCUCUUUACUAUCUUCAUCGGCUCUCGUACUUACGCACUUCGUGCCUCGGCCUCAGUUCCUGAAAGGUUAUGAGCCCACCUAGCCUAUCAGCGGCGGGCGACCUCGACGUCCACGGUGACAUGGCAUCAACGCCUCCACCACCGUCAUCAACGUCGUACCAUACCAACGACGUCGCCUCCACUACCUCCGUCACGCUCACUAAAGAGCAAUUCGACGAGCUGAUCAGGAACCAGCGCCCCGCACGGGACGACGACGCAUUCUCCAUGCGUCAGCGCCUACCCCCAGCCAACCCUCCGGUCUUCCCCGACGACUCGAAACUUACGGAGGACAAUUACGUUGACUGGGUCCCCACGAUGCCGCCAUGCCCGCCCUCUUGGGCUGGAUUCAACGCUCGGACGAAUCGAGCGACGGUCCCCGUUGCGAAGGCGGUCGUACCGACCAAACGCUCUGCACCAGGCAAGAAGGGAAAAUGGGAUCGUUCUGGUCCUGCCCCGAGCAACUGCCCAGCUUGUGGUCAAGGCAAACACUGGCUCGACAAGUGUCCGGAAUCGCGCAAGCGAGCCAAGUACCUCGAGCUCAAGAACGCCAUGAAGGAACUCCAAGGCUCAUCAUCGCCUGCGUCCACGUUCGUGGCCACCGAGGCAGCAUCCAAGGAUCAACACCUGUCCGUCGUUUCUUCUGCUACGUUUGUCAACAUCGGGCCACCGGCGGAAAUCCUUCUGCUAGACUCGGCGUCGGCGUGCCACGUCGUCAACGAUGCGUCCUUCUUUGACGGCCCCCUUUCACCUACCCCGCAAGUCCUGCAAGGUCUAGGGGGAACGGUGAAGGCCUCGGGAAUCGGCUCGGUCAAGCUCGUCUCCGAUAAUGGUACCAGGUUCACCCUCAACGACGUGAUCUACGCCCCCGAGAGCCCUGCCAACCUCAUCUCAGUCCGGGCCUUCGACCGCAAAGGCGUUCGCAUCACCUUCGAACACGGACAAGUCGAGCUCCGCACGCCGCAAGGGUGCAUCGCCACAGCAUCAGCCAUCGCGUCCUGCGUUUACAAACUCAACGCUUCGGUCCAAGCUGCCAGCAAAGAUGCGCGACACACCCUCGUUGCCACCAAGUCCAAUAGGCUACCUUUACUUACCCUUCACCGGCGCUACGGCCACGCCUCUGUCCAGACACUUAAAAAACUGGCGGCCUCUGGCCAGGUGGAGGGUUUAGAUUGGCCCUAUAGUGACUUCGAGUGUGAUGGCUUCACCUGCAACGCGUGCCUUGCCUCCAAAGCGCAUCGUUUGCCUUUCCCCUCUUCGUCGUCGCAUGCCGCGGAACCACUCGCAUUGGUGCACUCGGACGUCUUAUCUUUCCCCGAGGAAUCCUUAGGCCAUAAGCGAUACCUCGUCACGUUCAUCGACGACUUCUCGAGGAAGACUUGGGUUUACCCUAUCGGGCACAAGAGCGAGGUCCUUCAGACAUUCAAGGAUUGGCUUCUGGAGAUCGAAAACACCACGGGUCGCAGGGUCAAAACACUUCGCUCGGACAACGGGGGCGAGUAUGUCUCUACCGCUUUCAACGGCUAUUGCGUGGCCCGCGGAAUUCAUCGCGAAUUGACCAUACCGUACACACCCGAGCAAAACGGUCGGGCUGAGCGAGCCAACCGGUCGAUCGUCGAGGGCACCCUGGCUCUACUGUCUCACUCGGGACUCCCACGAUCGUGCUGGGACGAGGUUGCCAUGUGUUACAUUCACGCCAAGAACCUCUCGCCUCACGCGGCCCUUGGUGGAGCCAUCCCAAACAGUCGUUGGUCGGGCCACACACCAAGCGUAGGGGGUCUUCGGGCAUUCGGUUGUCGCGCUUGGACCACCGUGCCGGCUCACCGACGGGACAAGCUCGACCCAAAAGGGAUUCCUCUGGUCUUCGUCGGGUACGAUCGACACGCGAAAGCCUACCGUCUUCUCGAUCCUUCCUCCAUGCGUGUGAGUCUGGGCCGCAAUGUGACGUUCGUAGAAACCGAGUUCCCCUUCGCUAUCGCGCCCACCCGAGUGACGCAGCCGUCCAUCCCGGGUUACACCCCCCAGCCCCCACCCGUCGAAGCUCCAACACCCGUCGAGCCUCCCCCACGGCCACCGGCCCCAACGCCUGUCGAGGCACCCGCGUCGCCCGCAUCGACCAGCUCGGCCGACAACGACGACGCCUCAUCGACCACGAGCGCAACGACGGAGUCAGCCGUGAACCUGCCGCAACCACCUCCGGAUCCAGCUCCACUCGCCAAAGUCAAGCCGAGUUGGGAGUACGGCGACGUCGCCAAGGUUGGUCCCGAUCCAGGGAAGUACGGUGAAGUCGACGCUCGAAACAUCAUUGAUGGCCCCCGGACUCGCCGCCAACCCGUUCCCACCAUGAUCACGCGGGAACAGCCAGUCGACGGCACCGACGGACCCACCGCCUCUUUCAAGAGCCUGCUCCUUGCCUUCGCAUCCACCAAGGCCGGCUUCGCAGAUCAUGACUUGUCGGUUGUUCGCGAUCCGGCAAAUUGGGGCGACGUCAUCCGAUCGGGACAAGAGGACGUUUGGGGCGCUCCGGCACAGGAUGAAUUCGAUUUGCUUCUGAACGAUUACGAGGUCUUUCAAAUCGUCGAAUCCUGUGAGCUCCCAGCGGGUGAGAUCCUCCUGCGGUCGGGCUGGGUGUUCCGGACUAAACGCAACCAGCAUGGCGACAUCACCGAUCACAAGGCCCGACUUGUUGCUCACGGAUGUGCCCAACGCCCUGGCCUUGACUUCGAGAAGACCUACGCCCCUGUCGUCAAAUUCACGUCCAUUCGAGCCCUCAUCGCACUCGCCGCGGCCAACGGCUAUCACGUCCAUCAGGCCGACGUCAACAAGGCGUAUUUACACGGCAAACUUGACAAGCCUCUCUACAUGCGCGUCCCUCAGGGCAUAAACCUGCCAGGCAAGAUCCUCAAGCUGUCCAAAUCCAUCUACGGCCUUCGCCAGGCCGGCACCAUCUGGAACGCUGAGAUCGACUCGACUCUGCGGUCCCUCGGAUACGUCCCCACCAGGUCUGACAUCUGUAUCUACCGCCGCGAACACGACGGGCACUCACACUAUAUUGCCUUGUACGUCGACGACUUGCUUUUGGUUGGUCCCUCUACCGCCGAAAUCGAGCGGGUGCUGGACGCGCUGGAACUCGCAUACGGCAUCAAACGUCUCGGACCUGCCGAAUAUAUUCUAGGCAUCCAAGUCAAACGUGGACAAGACGGCUCUAUCACGCUCUCACAAGAGCGCUACCUUCGGGACAUCCUUGCCAGGUUCCAAUUCACCGAUGCCAAGCCGGCAAGUAUUCCAAUGCAGCCAGGUGUCGUCCUUGACUUCGAGGACUUGGCGGCCACUCCUCAGGAUCGUACGCGCUACUUGCAGGCCAUCGGUUCGUUGAUGUACGCCGCAGUUGGAACUCGUCCGGACCUCGCCUUCGUGGUCAGCUACCUCGCUCGCUUCUCCCAGCAGCCUGGCCCGGAGCAUUGGACAGCCAUCAAGCAGGUCCUCCGUUACAUCAAAGGCACGCUGGACUUGGGCCUCACCUAUCGCAAGACCAGCCAACCACUCCAUGGCUACUCGGAUGCGAACUGGGGAGCCUGUCUAACGACCUCACGAUCGACCAUGGGCUACGCGUUCAUCUUGUCCGGAGCCGCUAUUGCUUGGUGCUCCAAACGCGAGCACAGGGUGGCCAAGUCCACUACCGACGCAGAGUACCUCUCUCUUUCGUACACAAGCGGUGAUGCCAUCCACCUGAGCGAACUCCUGGCUGAACUUGGCGCUCCGGUCUCCGGUCCAGUCGUACUCUACGGGGACAACCAAGGUUCGCUGGCUCUUGCGCAGCACCCGACCAACCAUCAGGGGUCUCGUCAUGUUCGCAUCUCGGAACAUUACGUCCGCGAGAGGGUAGCUGAGAAGGACAUCGAGGUCCGCUACAUCGCCACCGGCGACAUGAUUGCCGAUAUUUUCACCAAAGCCUUGGGUCCCAAGCCGUUCAUCUUCCAUCGGGAGAAUUUGGGUUUGCGAGGUGCAGUGGUAUGACAGCACCGGGGGGGUGUCAAUAUAUUGCUGUUUCAUCCCACUGGUAUUCCCGAUUAUGAUUAGUUACUAGUUGUUGAUAUUAGUCGCCCCGCGCGUCUCGAGCCUGCCUCGCGCGCGCUCCCUUAGCGCUUAUCUUCUUUCUCGAACUAUCUUUACUAUCUUCAUCGGCUCUCGUACUUACGCACUUCGUGCCUCGGCCUCAGUUCCUGAAAUACACGACCCCUGGGAUGAUCCUGCAGGCAGGUUUCUCCCGUUUGGUCGCUCUCGUGCUUUUGAUCUGCCGAGGGCCAGGGGCUAUAACCACUCGGAACUCCUUCUUCGGAUAA